UGCCUGAAGAUGACGUCGCAGACUAGGAAGUCUCGAGGUAUCACAUAUGCGCAUGCGUAAGGCACGUCAUGGGUCUAGGCUCUUCAGUUGGAAUCCCGGGUGGCGGAACAGAAGGCUAUCACGUUCUUAGGGUGCAAGACAAUUCACCGGGACAAAAGGCUGGUCUGGAGCCAUACUUUGACUACAUCUUGAGUAUUGGUGGUGUGAGGCUGAAAGAAGACAAUGAACAGUUGAAAGAGUUGUUGAAAGAGAAUGAGGACAAGCCUGUGCUGAUGAAUGUUUAUAAUAGCAAAUAUCAAGAAUGUCGAGAUCUUACAUUAAACCCAAACAGACUAUGGGGAGGGCAAGGACUACUCGGUGUUAGCAUUCGAUUUUGCUCAUUCGAGGGAGCCAACGAGCACAUCUGGCAUGUUCUGGAAGUAUCCCCGUCAUCACCAGCAGAACGUGCCGGUCUCCAAGCCGAGAGCGAGUACAUCAUUGGUUCGGACGUCAUGCUGAGCGAUCCCGACGACUUCUGGGACAUGAUCGAGAGCGCCGACGGAAAGCAAUUGAAACUCUACGUGUACAGCACUAUCACUGAUGCGUGUCGAGAAGUCGACAUUACGCCGGAUUCGAAAUGGGGCGGAGAAGGACUCUUGGGUUGUCAGCUCGGUUAUGGAUACCUUCAUCGGAUACCAUCCAGUAAUCCUCAAUUUCCCGGCCAAAUUUCACCGUCAAAACCGGCCGUUCCCAUCUCGGUUGAAGACGGAUUUUCCGAGGUAACACUUGGUGUACCUUCCCAGCCAACAACUCCGAGUAAGAUGAUGCAUUAUCCACCAGGCGUUCCUCCUCAGCAAAACGACAUCAUCUCAACCGAACUCACCGCCGGUAUGGCUGCUGUCAACAUCCACUCUCAUCCUCUACCGGGUACAUUCAUGUCAACACCAGUCACUCUCCAGUCUAGUUUGCCCGCAACAGUUAGGACUGGCAUGUCGUCGGUCAACACUCCGAUGGUAGAAAACAGUUCGGUAACAUCUCAAUAUAUUCCUCCCUCGGCUUACUCUCUUGGGCAAGCAAUAGCAGAAGGCCGAGGAGUAGGGAUAACACAACAGCAGUCGAUGUUGUACCAACAUCCGAUCGGAUCAACUGUUCCUUAUCAGUCGAUGACGACGACGAUGCCUUUGCAGCCAGGCACGAUGGUCGGAGCAGCUGGUCUAUUGCCGCAGCAGGUUGUGACGCCUGUGUCGGUGACGAGGAUCGCUGCGGACGGUGUGACUGUUGUACGAUCAUCUGGUCCAGUUCAGGGGGCCAUGACGUCAUCGUUAGAGUCAGUUCCGACACCAGAUGUUGGGUUACAGAUGCCGAACAUUUCAGUGCCGUCGCUGUCAUCGUUACCAGGUUCAUCCUCUGUUCCCUUUCCUACAAAGUCUUUUCCAAAUGUAUCUCUUCCGAGUGUCUCCCUUCCCUCUGUCUCUCUUCCCUCUUUCUCUCUUCCCUCUGUAUCGCUUCCGUCCAAUCUCUCUCAUUUCAAUCUACCAGCACCAACUCAGCUGGCUAACCCAGCAGGACAGACAGGAGUACCUGUAUCAAUGCCCAGUCGGCCUAGUGACGAGAUAACGCAACAGUAACUCGAGGACAGUAUACUCUUUCAAAGGUAAAUGGUUUGUAGUUUGAGUUACCAGCUAUUAGCUGGCAGGAACAUCAAUAAACUACGCGCAGUACA